GAUACUCUGACUUUCAAUCACUCGUAAGCAGUCCUUUCUUUUUUUUAAUGGAAUAAAGCGUGUGUUUCUUUCUUUUACUUGUAUACAGCCAUGUUCCAACGAACGACUUUACCGCUUCACGCAGCGCCAAGUGAAGCUUCGUCACUCAAACAACGAAACUUGACACUGGCUGAUAUUCAGUCGGAUACGCUUUCCAAGAUCGCCAAGAAGCAUUUUGAAAGCAAGUUUGAUCCUAACGUCGUCGAGAAUAUUUAUACACAAGAACUCGAAGCUUCCAACUUUAGUUUUCAGAAAAUCAUGUUGCUAGAAUUCACUCAAUACUUAGAAAAGUAUCUCUGGCCUCAUUAUAGCCAAAAAGCUUCUUUACACCAUAUUGUAUCUAUUUGUUUGAUUGUGAAUGAAAAAGCACGCCAACAUAUUUCAGCCUGGGGCGCGUUUGGACAAGAUACUGAAAAGUUUUCGAGUUUCUUUAGACGAGUAACACAACUAGUAGAAUCAGAACAAUCUCCUUUUAUCACUAGACAAUUGCUCGUCUUCUUGAUCCAUUGUUUCCAAAGUUUUGAAAAUGACCUUGUUCGUACUGAAUGUCUAAAGCUUGUCACCAUUGGUAUCUGGAUACAUUUAGCCCAUCAAGAAAGAAAACAACAGUUAUUCAACAAGUAUCCUGCUCUUUUGAAAUUAUGGAAUUCUAGCAACAAAAAGCUCAAUGCUGCAGAUGAAGCAACAAGACAACAAUUGGAAUUUGAAAGAAAUUGGUUAAGCAACUUAUUACAGAAAUACGUUCAAUCUAUUUAUCAAAUCCCAGCAGAAGGAGAAGUCGACCAAGAAACGCUCAAGAUCAAUGAACGCUUUUUGGAGUUCUUUAUUGAUUUAGAAGCUCAAUUACCCACUCGUCGUUUCUUCAACACUUUGUUAGAUGAUCAUCAUAUUAUUGUAUUGACUCAGAUGGCACCUUUCCAACAACGGCAAGACAAAGAUGUUGAUUUACUCAAGAAGCUUUCUACAACACUUGCUUUUUAUGCUAAAUUUGAAAUCAACGAUCAAACGGGUAUUGCAUUAACGGAUAUAGAAAUGACAGAAGCACACUGUCAGCAAUUAUUACAUUUGCAGCGUACGGCUUUUGUAUCCUUUAGAAAAGAAAUCACAGAGUUACCUUUGGCCAACUUGGGUUCAAUUGAAACCCGUCAAGAUUUACUAUGGCAUUUUGAACCAUUAUCCAAAGACGUACUUGUUCGUUUAUGCGACACACUUUAUGUUCGUAGUUCACCACUUAUAAGUUCCUUGGAGAUUGACACCAAAGACCUUUUGAUCAAUGUAUUGAUUGACAAGUAUCAAAAGCGUAUCAGCCAAGUACAGAAAAUCAACAGCCAACCAUUGUAUCCUGACGAAGAGACUUUGUUUAAUGAUCAUUUGGUGCAAUCUCAAUUCUACACAGGCGAUCGUCCUUUGGCUUUGCCUAAGCUCAACCUUCAGUUUUUGACAUUACAUGAUUACCUCUUGAGAAACUUUACUCUGUUUCGAUUAGAGAGCUCUUAUGAAAUCCGUCAAGAUAUUGAAGACGUAGUGAAGCGUAUGGCUCCUCGUUUGACUUAUCCUGAACGCAAAACUGAAUUUGCUGGUUGGGCUCGUAUGGCUGUACCCAUUGAUGAGUUUACCAUGGUCGAAGUUGGACAGCCUAAUCUAGGUGAAGAAAAGCCCUCUUGUGUCUUGGCUGAUAUAAGUUUCCAAGUGGGUAAUUUUACAAACACAAUUCGUCAUGAAUGGGAUAGUUUACGCAAACACGAUGUUCUGUUCUUGUUGACUAUUGAGGCUACAGAGAACUCUACAGAGAAAUUGAAAGACGAAGAGGACUUUAGAGAACAUUAUGGUAUUCGCUAUGUUCGUGGUUGUGAAGUGGUUGAAGUAUUAGGUUCUGAUGGACGAUCUAUGGAUGAUGGAUCUCGACCUACAUUUGAAGAAAAGAACAACAAAUGGAAAGGCACCGAGAGAAAGAUUCGUGUUGAAUUAGAUGCCAGUCAAUACAAGAUGGACAUGAAUAAACCUAACGAUAUCUAUCAAUCCUUUAAUAUUCUCGUCCGCAGAAAACCACAAGAAAAUAACUUCAAGUCUGUUUUGGAAACCAUUCGCGACUUGAUGCAAAGUGAUCUUGUUGUGCCUGACUGGCUUCAAAAAGUGUUUUUAGGUUACGGUGAUCCUUCCAGUGCUCAUUAUGCCAAGAUGCCUAACCGUGAGCGAGAAAUCAAUUUCCAUGAUACUUUCCUUGACUGGCAUCAUUUAAAAGAAAGCUUCCCUCAGAGAGAUCUUUCGAUUGCUGCUGGUGAGUCUGUGGAUCCACCUUAUAUUGUUACUUUAGUCGAUAACCCUAUGGACAUCAAACCUACAAAGAAAUCGAAAAAGAACAAACCACAAGAAACAAAGCGAGAGACAUUUGAUAUCUCUACUUUCCAAAUACCCAAUAUGGGUCCUUAUCCUCAAGACGAGCCUAAAAAGAACCAAAUCAGAUUUACACCUGUCCAGAUUGAAUCGAUCUAUUCAGGUAUGAAUCACGGCUUGACGAUGGUUGUCGGUCCUCCUGGUACGGGUAAGACAGACGUAGCUGUUCAGACCAUUGCCAAUCUUUACCGUAACCAUCCUGAACAACAUACUCUGAUUGUGACACACAGCAAUCAGGCCUUAAACCAGAUCUUUGAAAAGAUGGUCGAACUCGAUGUAGAUCCUAGACACCUUGUUCGCCUUGGUCACGGUGAAGAAGAGUUAAAUACCGAAUUCAAUUUUAGCAAAUACGGACGUGUGGCAUCUGCUCUUGAGCGUCGUCUUGAACUAUUGGCUCAAGUAGACCGUCUUUCUCAAUCCUUGGCUAUCCCUGGCGAACAUGGUGCUACUUGCGAAACUGCUGGUUACUUUUACCAUAUUCAUAUCGUGCCUCGUUGGGAUACUUUUAUGGAAGCUGUCUCUCAAGAGGAUAUGACAGUGGAACAGAUACGCGAUCAAUUCCCUUUCCCUCAAUUCUUUGCCAAUGCACCCAAGCCUAUCUUUACAGAUACAAUGACACCUGCUGAAGCUCUGGAACAUGCCACUGGUUGUUAUCGACACUUGCAAGCCAUUUUCACCGAAUUAGAAGACAUUCGACCCUUUGAACUCUUACAGACAGGAUCCGAUCGUGCUAAUUAUCUCUUGACAAAAGAAGCCAAGAUCAUUGCCAUGACAUGUACUCAUGCUGCACUCAAGCGACGUGAACUUGUGCAACUCAAGUUCAAAUACGACAACAUUAUUAUUGAAGAAGCAGCACAAAUCUUGGAAGUUGAGACAUUCAUCCCACUCUUGUUGCAAGAGCCUGAGGAUGGCAAGAAUCGAUUGAAGCGUGUCAUGUUGAUUGGCGAUCAUCAUCAAUUACCUCCUGUGGUUAAGAAUGCUGCUUUCCAGCAAUACGGCAAUAUGGAACAAAGCAUGUUUGCUCGUUUUGUUCGACUGGGUGUUCCUACACUUCAGUUAGACAAACAAGGCCGUGCUCGCCCUUCACUUGCUAAACUUUACCAAUGGCGUUAUGAUCAUCUAGACAAUCUGGAGCGAGUCCAACUGGACGAAUACACAAGAGCCAAUGCCGGGUUCACGUAUGACUAUCAACUUGUCCAUGUGGAUACCUACCAAGGUGAAUCAGAACCUGUGCCUUUCUUUUACCAGAAUUUGGGUGAAGCAGAAUAUGUUGUGGCUGUCUAUCAAUACAUGCGCCUGAUUGGCUAUCCUGCAGAAAAGAUCUCCAUCCUGACAACCUAUAAUGGUCAAAAGGCCUUGAUUAAUGAUGUGUUGGAGCGUCGUUGUGGAUGGAAUCCAUUCUUUGGUCAACCUAUCGUGAACACGGUGGAUAAGUAUCAGGGACAACAAAACGAUUAUAUCUUAUUGUCGCUUGUCAGAACAAAGGCUGUAGGCCAUAUUCGUGACGUACGUCGAUUGAUUGUAGCCAUGUCCCGAGCCAAAUUAGGUCUCUAUGUGUUUUGCAACAAAGAUUUGUUUAUAAACUGUGUUGAACUAGAACCUGUCUUUAGAUUGCUCAACAGUCGACCUAGUACAUUACAAAUUCAACACGAUGAGCGAUAUCCUGUCGAACGCGACAUUGACGAUUUAGGCAAGACAGUCGAGAUUGCGAAUGUAGAGGACAUGGGCAACUUGGUCUAUAAACUAAGUCAGGAACAAUUAGAAUCCAUGCGCCAACAAGAAGCAGAAAGACUUGCACAAGAGGAAGAAUACAUGAUGGAAGAUUAAAUAAAGUUUAUUUCUUGACGCCAAUC